AGUGCUAUCAAACAAUACGAAUCAAUAUUAAAAAUAUCAAGAAAGAUAAGCCUUUAACAUCUACAGAAAAUACGAAAAAAAGAUACGGAUAGAAAGAAUAUAUUUAUUAAUAAUGGUGCACACAACUGAUGAAUCCAUUAAAAAUCUGCCUUCAAAACUGGUAAAUGAAAAUUCACAAGAAUUUAAAAGACAGGAUGUACAAUAUGAAGACUUGUCCAGUGAUUUUGAUAGUAAAUCGAUUGAUUUCUCCAGGCAAUUCUGUAGCAUAUAUGCAGUGAGAUUGGCAGAAUUGAGAGAGACAUUGAUAUCACGAAUUGUUGCAAAAUGGGGAGAUGUUCAAAUAGUAAAGUUAGCAGAAUUGGAAGAUUUUGAAAGACAAGAAUGCGUGAUAAUUGGUACACUCUAUAAACAUCAAAAGUGUAAGCCAUCGAUAUUACAUGAAUUAAGCGAAGAUCAUCAACUCACAUUGUCUGAACCAAAAUCGAACUACUGCUCAGAAAAAGAUCAACUUUUUUUGGAAGAUGAGAUGCUGCGCAUCAAAUUAGUGAUCGAAGAUGCAGAUUUAAAGAAUUAUGUCACAGGUGUUGUAUGUGCCAUUUUAGGCCAUAAAGACAAGAAUGGCAACUUUGAGAUCAAGGAAUGGUGUUUUCCUGGUUGCGUACCUAGAAGUUUAUCUACACAGCCAAAGUCCAAAGGAAAGCUGGUAUUCGUAUCUGGACUUGAUUUGGCAAAUACUUCAACGAAUUUAUCGUUAAAUCUUUUAACCGAAUGGAUAUGUGGGAUGGCGGGAGAAGCAGCGGCGCAAGAAGAUGCCACUGACAUUGUUCGAGUUAUUAUUGCUGGUAAUUCGGUCAAAACUGUCACUAAAACAAAUACUUUAAUGGGACAUGCCGAAGGAAAGGCACAAGACGCCGCUAUAACGAAGGAAGUUGCUAGAGCAACGACACUUGCAGAUUCGUUUUUCUACGAAAUAGCAAAAUGUUGUUGCAUUAUUGUAAUGCCAGGUCAACAUGAUCCCACCAACGCAAUGUUGCCACAGAGACCACUUCAUCCAUGCAUACUACCAUUAACAUCUAGAUUUCAAAGCUUUAAAAGUACGACUAAUCCGUGGAUCGGCAAAAUCGCUGAACGUAUAAUAAUGGGCAGUAGUGGACAGCCUAUUGAAGAUAUUAUAAAAGCAACCGGUGAGACAAAUAUUUCUCCUUUACAUUGGUUGGAAAAAACGCUGCUUUGGAAACACAUGUGCCCGACUGCACCAGACACGUUACCAGUAUAUCCUUACUCUGCAAAAGAUCCAUUUAUCAUAAAUUAUUGUCCGGAUAUAUACUUUGUGGGUAAUACAGAUAAAUUUGAAACGAAACUAUGGAAAGGUGAAGAAAAUCAGAUGGUUAGGCUGAUUUGUAUUCCAAAAUUUUCCUCUACACAUAUUGCAGUUAUAGUAGAUAUAGAAACUUUAGAUACUGAAUUUAUUUGUUUUGGAACUGAAUGA